CUAAAAACUAUAUCAAAAAAUAUGUUUAGAUUAAUUUUGUAUAAAUUUAUUGGAUAUAACUUGGCAUUUCAUACAGAAUAUUUCAUUAUGUUACCGGACUCAGAUCAAAUCUCGCUUGCCUCAGUUAUUUCAUUAAGAAGUAUUCCAGAUGAUUUUGUACUGGAAUCUAACAGAAGUUUAGUCAAAGAAAAAGUUCCCAAAGUACCCAAAAAAGGUUUACCCUAUGGAUCAUCUUCUAAAUCUAAAAAAGUACCAAAAAAGACGGGAAGAGAAGUUUGGGUAAACGCAAUUCAGAAUGGAACAGGAUUAAGUAUGGAGAGCUCUGCAAUGAACUCAUUAAAGCUAAAUAAAGGUGGUUCCCAAUCCUCUGCAAGUUUAUAUCUUAAAGAAGCAUUGGGAAUGAAAACUGGAAAACAAAACAGGCCUCUUAGUGCAACGAGUCGAGUUGGAGGCACUGGUCCUGUUUACAAAGAUGCAGAAACAUAUUAUGAUGAGAUACAAAUACUAAAAAAUACAAUGAAACAAUUAAAAAAUGAUAACGAUAUAAUGAAAGCUAAGAACCUUCGUUUAGAAGAAGAAAAUAUUGCCAAGUCAAAGAAAAUUGAUGAACUUCUUAAUCCAGAUACACAGAGUAAUGAUUUAAGAAGAACUCUGACAUCCAAAAAGCCAAGUUCUAGUGAGGUGGUAAUGAGUUUACGACGAAAAAUUUAUAAAUUAGAGGAAACUUUAAGAAAUAAAGAAAAUGAAACAAGAAAAAUUGUUACUGAUAUGAAGUACACAAACUCUGAAGAGCUUCGAAUUGAAAAUCAAGUUUACCUUUCUGAGAUAAAUCGUUUAAAUGCAGUUUUGCAUGAUACUCAAAACCAGAGAUCAUUACUAUCUGAUCAAAUGGUUAAUGAUGCUUUAAAAUAUUCAAAUGGAACAAAAACAGAAAUUGUUAUCAAGAAGUUAACAGAGGAGAAUCAAAGUCUUAUACUGCAAAAUAAAUCAUUGAAAAGUGAUAUCUUGAAACAAUCAAGCAAUAAUUUGCAGGUUGAUUUAAAUAAAGACUGUGAGGAUAUGAGUAGAAAUGAACUUCUACAAAAAAUAGCAAUGUUAGAACAAAAAGUAAAACAAAGUGAAAAAUUGGAUGGAAGUUGUACAGAUCAUCCUAACAAAGAUAAAUCUGGUGAAGAUUUGCAUGAAAAAAGCAUUGAACUUAGAGGUUCUUUGCCUCAACAAAUAAAACAACUUCGUUCACGAGAAAAAGAGCUACUUGAACAGAUAGACUGCUUAGAAAGUUCAGUUGCUAAAUUAAAAGAAGAACGAACACAUUAUAGAAAAAUGACAGAUGAUUUUAGACAACAAAUUGAGGCAAAUAAAAAAACACCAGUUACUUUACAAUCAAAAGCAAGUACAGUAGAAAAUGAAACAAAAAUAUCUAAUGAAAUUAGAAAAAAGUCAUUCAUACAAAAAUCUUCGCCUGAAAAUCUUAAAGAAGCUGAGUUGGCGAAUGAGCGAGCUGAGUUAGUAAAGGAAGAGAGACUGAAUGCCUUAAAAGAAAAUGAAGCAGCAACAACGAUACAAAGAAGUUGGAGAAACCGAAAGAACAAAAUAGAAAAAGAUCAAAAUAAUUAUGAAGAAAUAUUAAUCAAUAGUGUUAUUGAAAUUCAAGCUGCAUUAAAAGGUCAUCUUGCUCGUCAGAAAUUUAUUGAUUCUAUUAAUGAAGACAAAAAUAAGAGUGGAGUUUUAAAAAAUCUUUUAAAGAAGGAACCAUAUGAAAGUGAUAUAUUGCUCAUUCAGUCCACUUUUAGAGCUCACGCAGUUCGGAGUCAGUUUCUGAAUAAAAACAAAAAUGAUGAAGAAAAACAAGUAAAUAAGGUGGAAAAUCAUGUUAAAAAAAAUAAAAAAGGUACAUACCAUUCUUCUGAUGACAAAGAGAACAAUGUUAAAUCAAUUGACGAAUUGAGUAAUAUUGAUUCUGAUGAAGAUGACGAUGUGGUGGUAGGGAGCAGUGUGAGUCUCUCAAAAUAUAGAAACAACCAAAAAUCUUCUUAUAAUGUUAAUAAUUCUAAAACUCAGCCUGAAAAAGAAUCUAAAGAAAAUAAUGAAAAAUCAUUUAAGAAUAAUGGUAGAUCAAAUUUAAAAUUUUCUUUUGAUACCGAUCACAAAAACCAACAGAAACAUAAAGAUUCUAAUGAUAAGCCAAGAUCUAAAGGAUCUUUAGAAUUAUUUGUUGAUAGCGACAGCUUGCAUGAUAAAAAAAAUCGUAAAAUGACUCAAGCAACUUCUGUUACACAAUUAAAAGCAUCAUCAAACCCUUGGUCAAAUAACUCACAAUUGAUCAGUAAUGAAGAUGACGAUGAUGAAGAUGAUGAAAAUGAUGAGUUAGUAUGCACCUCAACAUUAGGUAGAAAACAAGAUAAGUUAAAGAAGGAAACAGCUUCAAAAAAAGAUAAAGAUGAACUUGCUAUGAAAUGGGCAAGCAGUGGUUUGCAAAGUAAAAAAUCGAAGGACUCAAUUUUAAGCAAUAAACAUUCUCAACUUCAGACCUCCAUAAAAAACGCUACUGAUGACAAUAUCAAACCGCAUCAAAUUCAGAGAAAAUUAGUUAAAAGCAAAUUUGCACUUGAUGACGAACUUUUUUAAUUUUAUAUAAUUUUAGUUGUCAAAAUGAUUUUUAUAUAUUUUAUUUAUUAUAAAUAUAUGUGUAUAUAAAAUUUAUAG